AUGAUACGUCGAAAUAGCAUCAUCGCGAAGAUCCGAGGAGACUCUUGCGUGAUUGAUGAAGAACCUAACUCUACAAGACUAGAACACGGUACUUUUUGUGUUUUCAAACAAAUUAGGUCUUAUUGGACAGCUGUGAGACAGAAGUUCAAGUACUUUUUUCGUUAAUGUUGGAUUACCAGAUUGAUGUGGCCAUAGCUUAAUUUUCUUUGUUGGUUUCUGCUGAAUCCGCGAUCUUCGUCUCUUCACGCCAGACGCUCCCUCUUCACCGCCGGGCCGUGUGCGUACCGACCCGAGCCGAGCUCCGUUGCUGUUGCUCAGCCUUGCCGUGACGUUGACGCCCUCGUGAGAUGCAAUGCCUUCUGCCAAUCAUCAACAUGUUAACUACACAAGACUGAAGGAAGACAAGGAUCUAGCAACCGUGCAGAUCAAAGAGAAUGGAAAUCCAAACAGAGGGAACUUUAGCAGUGCAAUAGAAGCAGCAGGUUUCGGGAGGUUCCACAUCAUCUUGCUUCUGGUUUGUGGUUGGGCAAACAUGAGCGAUGCUGUUGAGAUCCUCAGCGUCUCCUAUCUUCUCCCAAAUGCCUCAAGGGACAUGGAGAUCAGUAGCCCCCAGAAAGGACUUCUAACAUCCAUCAUCUUCAUUGGUAUGCUUGUUGGAGGAUAUUUCUGGGGAUCAUUAGCUGAUAUCCAGGGGAGGCGUCAGAUACUCAUCUAUUCCCUGGCUUGUAAUGCAACCUUUGGGCUCUUGUCAAGUAUAUCACACAACUUCUGGCUAUUUCUCACCAUGCGAUUCCUCAAUGGAGUUGGUGUUGGUGGCUCCAUUCCAGUCAUAUUCUGUUACUUCAGUGAGUUCCAGCCGUCACGCCACCGCGGAGCCAUGGUCAGUUGCCUCGCUACGUUCUGGAUGGCUGGUAACAUCGUGACUGCUGCCCUCGCUUGGGCUGUCAUACCCAGGGAUCCCCUGCUGGCCAGCCUGGAGAGCUGGAGAGUCUUUGUGGCCCUUUGUUGCAUCCCAGCUGCAUCAUCGGUCCUAGCUUUCUUGCUCAUGCCUGAAAGUCCUAAAUAUUUGCUGGAGAGAGGAGAAGAAUCGAAAGCUUUGAAUGUUAUAAAAGAUAUGUAUAUGCAGAACAAAGGAGUAUCAAAUGCAGAUAGUUAUCCAAUUCGUUAUUUAAUAGCAUCAAGCAAGGAAGAGAAACAGAUGUUGAGGAAUGAUGUCAAGCGAGGGGGCUAUUGCGAUCAGACGUCAUCCCUCUUCCGAGCUACCUGUGAUCUGUUCCAGGGUCCACUGGCAAGAACUCUCAUCUCUAUGCUCGUCAUUAUAUUUAGUCUCUCUUUUGGGUAUUAUGGUCUAUGGAUGUGGUUCCCAGAGUUAUUCAAGAGAGUAGAGAUGGGUGGCUCAGCAUGCAGUGAUCUUAAGAAAUUAGUCACAGCGCCCUCUAUAAAUGCAGAAGAUAACAUCUACAAAGAUGGUUUCUAUACAGCACUCUCCAACCUUCCUGGGAAUCUGGUAUCCAUCUUUCUCAUGGAUCGGCUUGGAAGGAAGUUCCUUCUAACAUCCAGUCUCUUGGUUUCCGGUCUCUGUGUAUUCUUCAUAUGGUUCCUAGAGACGAGGGGGCAGGUCCUUGCCAUGUCUAUUAUAUUUGGCGCCAUCUCUGUUAUAUCAUGGAACAGUCUCAGCGUGCUUAGCGUAGAACUGUACCCUACUGUUUACAGGAGUACAGCUUUAGGGGUGCAGGGUAUCCUCAACCGGACUGGGGCCAUCUUGGGCAGUCUAAUGUUUGGAAUCCUGAUCGACCUUCACUGUGCUGUUCCGAUGAUCCUCAUCGCAUUCAUGCUCGCCCUGGGGGGUUUCACUGCCUUCACCUUGCCAAAUACGACAAAGAUUGAGCUCAAAUAAGCUCUCCUGUAAAAUUAUGAUUAACCCUAUCUAGGCCGGGGUAUUUUGGGAGUUC